UCCAUCCAAAAAAAAAAAAAAGCAAAAACGAAAAAUUGAAACGGUAAAGCUAUGCACAAUUGAAUACUACCUAUCAUCAAUUCAAAUAUACAUACACAUACUCUCGAAGUUUCUAGAAGCUUCGGAAAUGAAGAAAUCCAGCAAAGUUCCGGCGAAGUACGAUUUAGAGUAUCGAGCUUACGAAGACGACGCAUGGUACGGUGUGCUAGUAACGUUGUACGGCGAAACAAUGACAGUGAAAUUCGAAGGAUAUCCAGAAACAUACGAUGUAAAAUUCAAUGCUAAAGACUUAAAAUCGAAGGAACAAAUCGAUGAUUUCGCAAGUAGGUUUAGAAGUGUAUCGCCGCAAUUGCAGGAUAGUGAAUGUGGUAGUGUUAUUAAGGAAGGGAUGAUUAUUUGUGCUGCUUGUAAUGCUUUUGGAAAAGAUGAUAUGCUCUUCUAUGAUGCUCUUGUUGAAGCGAUACACAAGGAGAACCAUUCAUUUCACAAUGGAGUGGAGGAGUGUUUAUGUACCUUUGUAUUAUCCUGGCUUCAUGGUCCAAAAAAGGAUUACUUGACUAGUUCUGGAAUCGAAGGCAUAUGUAUCAUAAAAAGCACACCCCAAUUUGAUCCAAGAAUAUCCUCCUUCUUGAAAUUGGCAAACCAGAAACUCAGAAAAUCCUCUUGCAAGUCAACUUAUACUUCUGAGCAAGACAAUUCAGCAUCCAAAGGAUUGGCUCGUAGUAAAAGAGCUAGAUAUUUGUCUUCUCCACCAAAGCCAGAUUCGUCCUUUAAGGGGAUUAGCGGUGCCAAGAAUGUGGUUGACAUGAGAUGUACAACAGAAGCAACAGAUUAUAACUAUAGCAGGCACUGGGAUCAUGAUAAAGAUCUUGGAGGGCAAUGUUCAAAUUACCAUUUCAUGCUAGUCGAGAACUUGGAGAGAAACUUGCUGCCUUCAUCAUUGAGAGAUUUCAUACAUGAGCACACUUCUGUUUGGUCACAAGCACAUAUUUUUCCCAGCCCAUCAUAUAUGCCCUAUGCACGAGGCAUUAUCGUGGUAGAUUGUGAAGAUAAGCUUCAAAAAAUAAAUCAGUUUUUGGACAAUCCAACCCAUCUUGUUGUGUCCCCUAAGGGAAGGCCGAUGGUUAUAAGUGAAAGAGAUACGAGACACUCCAUGAUUAAGACGUCUCUUGGGAGCUUAGUGUACAGAUCCCAGGAUAUACGUCAGGCAGAAAGUAUCUGCCGAGACUUGAUAGUAGUUCAUUCAGGAAGUGAAGCAUACAGAAGAGCAAACCAGGCCAAAGAUUUGUUUUUGGAGUUUAUGAGUCAUCAACAGAGACUCUAUAAGAAGUUAGCUUUGGAAGAGAGUUUUUUUUGGCAGAUGCUGCAAUUACAACCGAAUUUUGAUUCGUAUCUGUGUUAAAACAACUACGAAGCGAUACAAUUUCUGUGUAUAUCUUGUGUUUUUGUCAUGUUUCAAGAUUUAUUUUGCUUUAA